GUCGGUGGCAGGUGGACUUUAUGGUAGCUGCUAUUGCACUGCUCGUUUUCGUGUGCAUUCUUCAGUUCACCCUGGCCAUACCGUCGAAAUCUCGGAAAUGUCGUUCUGCAAAUGACGAGGAAUUGGACGAAAUGAUCAAACGGACAGGGAUCACGCAAAUGAUUAACCGCAGGUAUUUGUCAGUCGAUCCACCCCCGGAGCUUGAAAGUCGAGUAUCUGGGGACAGUGAAGUGCAAAGCGACCAGGCCCCAUUUCAAGAUUUUUUCGUUGACGAAAACUAUGAAGCCCCUGUUGGUGGUAACAGUAUUCAUUUUUCUGCUCCCCCAGUGAGGUCUAAGAGGCAGAUGGACGAACACGAGAUUGAGCCGAGUUCUACAUGGACGUGUGAAAGAACGACAGAGUGGGAAGACCUUGGAGACAAUUAUUAUCCGCGGUACCUUCGGAAAGUCAAAUGUCUUUGUGAUAGAUGCUGGUUUAGCCAUUACAGAUGUGUACCGCGUAGUUUCACGGUAAUUAUUUUGCGUCGGAUAGAAAAGAAAUGUGAUUAUGGAAAGCCCACCUCGAUUGAAAAAGAAUGGGAGUUUGUUGAAAAAGCAGUACCUGUAUGGUGUGAAUGUGUGCGCAAUUGAACCUUCCCAUAAUUCAUGUGACUUGCUUAACCCCUCUAGCUUAGUUUAUAUUGAACUGUACAUAACCUUAUUCAAAUCCGUCGAUAAAUAUUGA